AUGGCUGAUGAUCCUCCACCUCCACCUUAUAUUGCCGCAAUGAUGCAUCAGUUUGAGCUGAAUCGUCAGUUUAUGACUGGGGUAAUGGCCCAGUUUCCAAACCAGAAUGCUCAUCAACAGCCUGCCCCAAUAACACUGCCAGAAUUUGUGUGCCUCAACCCAUCCAUUUUCCGCAACUCCACCAAUCCUAUGGAUGCUGAUGAUUGGCUUCGUGACAUCCUGUUUGAGAUGGAGUCAGCUAAUGUUGCCCCUGCCAGUUAUGUCACCUUUGCGACAUUUCACUUGAAGGGUCCAGCUGCUCAAUGGUGGGAAAGCCACAGGGGUAUGCUGCCUACAGAGACUGUAACCACUUGGCAGGAAUUUCAGUUAGCCUUCCGUGCACGACACAUUCCCCAAGGUAUGAUGGACCAGAAGAAGAAGGAGUUUCGCAAACUCUCACAGGGCACAAUGACUGUGGAUGAAUAUCAGAGGAAAUUCCUUGAAUUAUCUCGCUAUGCUGCGGAUGACGUCUGCACUGACGCUCGCAUGCAGGAGAAAUUCCGUGAAGGACUGCGUCCCGAUAUAAAGCUCGCACUGGUUGCUCAUGAUUGCGCAGACUUUGCGACGCUUGUCAGCCAAGCUUUCCGAGCUGAAACUGGUCUGACCGAGUACCAGGAAUCGCUCAAGCGUACUCGAGAUGUUGGCUCAUCCUCGAGUCAGCCUGCUCAGAAACGUCGAGUCUGGACCCACACAAUGUUCAACAUCGACCUGCUCCAACACCAAGGCCGUCUUAUGUUGCACCUCGUCUGCCUCCGCCGCGGAGACAACUAG